GAAUUUGAAAUGGAUGACAUACAUGGAUAUGGUUAAUAUCAUUGGAUGGACGGUAGAAACUAUGUAGGAGAAUGGGUCUAUAAUAAGAUGUGGGGGAUAGGUAAGACAAUUUGGGCUGAUGGUAGAUCAUAUGAAGGAGGGUAAUUAAAAAGAAUUACAAUAGUUAUAUGGAUGAUAAAAAAUAAGGAUUAGGAACAUUUAUUUGGAAUGAUGGUAGGAAAUAUAUUGGAGAAUGGAAAUAAGGAAAACAACAUGGAAUUGGAUUGUAUUAGGCUCCUUCUGGUGAGUAUAGAUAUGGUGAAUGGAAUGAAGGGAAAAGAGUUAAAUGGUUAGAUCUAUAAGCAGACAAGGAAAUAAUUGAUAAUUUUUUGCAUAAGAAUACAGAAAUCGAACAUAGGAAUGGAUCAUUUUACAAUAGUCAUAUUUCUGAUUCAUCUUUUAAUGGAAGUGAUAGAUCUCCUACCAAAAAAGUUUAUUAGUUAACAUUGUCAGACAGUAUAUAUUAAGUGAAUGAUUAGAGAGUAUAUAUAUAGGAGAAUUGUAUAAGUAGAAGAGGGAAGGAUGGGGGAAAUUAAUUUGGAAAGAUGGUAAAUUAAUUAUUGUUAAGAUUUAUUAGGGUCAAUUUAUGAUGGAGAGUGGAAAGAUGAUGAAUGUAAUGGCUUUGGAAGAUAUAUUAGUUGCGAAGGUGAUGUGUAUGAAGGAGAAUGGAAACAUGAUAAGGCUAAUGGACAUGGUAUAUUUACGAACUGUGACGGUGUUGUUUAUGAAGGUAAUUGGAAAAAUGAUAAAUAAAAUGGCCAUGGUAAAUAAAAAUGGCCUGAUGGACUCUAUUAUGAAGGUUAAUAUCUGGAGGGGAAGAAAUAAGGAUUUGGAAAGAUGAUAUUUCCUAAUGGAUCCUAUUAUCAAGGAACUUUUAUUAAUAAUUAAAUAGAUGGAGAGGGUUUAUUAAUUAAUAUUGAUGGAACUCGUUAUGAAGGGUCUUUUAAGAAUGGUAUGAAGCAUGGAAGAGGAACUUUAAUAAGUCCAGAUGGAAACAUAUUUAUUGGGAAGUAAAAUGAAAAUUAUGUAAGUUUAGUUUUGAGUUAGACAAACAAAUUGGAGAAGGAAGAGUAGAAUACCAUAAUGGUAAAUUAUUUUUUGGAGAUUGGGUGAAUGGGGAGCGUCAUGGCAAAGGAAAAUAUAUUUAUAAGGAUGGUAGAGUCGUUGAUUCUAUGUGGUACAAAGGAAAGAAAAUAGAAAAAUGA